UUGUCUGACUUAAGAUUCACUUCAGAUUAUCCAGUCUGGAAUUUCGAUGGUUCUUCGACUGGUCAAGCAGUUGGUGGUGAUUCAGACACAUAUUUAAAACCAGUUGCGCAUUAUCCAGAUCCAUUCCUCGGAGGGCAUAAUACACUCGUACUUUGUGAAACGUUUGAUAAUAAAAUGAAACCAACUAAAACAAACCAUCGUUAUGAAUGCAAUAAAAUAUUAGAAAAAUUAGAGAAGGAAAAGAUCUGGUAUGGAAUGGAGCAAGAAUACCUCUUUUUUGACCGUGAUGGUCAUCCUCUUGGUUGGCCAAAACAUGGUUUUCCAGAGCCUCAAGGCAAAUAUUACUGCGGUGUCGGAACAGAUAAAGUUUUUGGACGAGAAGUUGUCGAAGCGCAUUAUCGUGCCUGCUUACAUUCAGGAAUAAGAAUUUUCGGAACCAAUGCUGAAGUCACGCCUGGACAAUGGGAAUUUCAACUUGGCACGUGCGAAGGAAUUUCAAUGGCAGAUCAGUUAUGGAUGGCUAGAUACCUUUUGCAUCGCGUAGCCGAAAUGUACGGAAUCAUUGUAUCAUUUGACCCUAAGCCUACUGGUGACUGGAACGGUGCGGGUUGUCAUACAAACUUCUCCACGGAAAAAAUGAGAGCAGACGGUGGGAUCAAAUACAUCGAAGAAGCAAUGAGCAAAUUAGAAAAGAAACAUAUGGAACAUAUUGCUGUUUACGAUCCUCAUGGUGGUAAAGAUAAUCUACGACGUUUAACAGGACGACAUGAAACGUCAAGCAUCGAUAAAUUCUCAUGGGGAGUCGCUAACAGAGGGUGCUCCGUCCGGAUUCCACGUCAAGUUGCCACUGAUAGAAAGGGAUUCUUGGAAGAUCGUCGGCCUUCUUCGAAUUGCGAUCCCUACUCAGUGACUGGCAUUUUGGCAAAGACCAUUCUGGUGGAUUAA